AUGAAUCGAUCACUCAGGUUCACGAACACGAAGCGAAGGCCGCAUUCUCGUCAGACCGUCACCAACGCACCAGUGACCCAAAACUCGACACAUUUGCAGCAAAACGGCAUCAACCACGUCUCCCAAGCCUACUCGUCCUCGCCAUCUCCAAUCGAUUGUGUAGGGUUCCCCUCUACACCUAUUGGCUUACCUGCAUGCAGUGCCACGUUGUCCUUGCCCCUCAUCUCUAGAACCUCGUCUCAUCCCAGCACCAGCUGGCCAUACAUGUGUUGCCAAGGGCUUUUUUCUUGUGCUGCCAAUUGUACGCGGGAGGGGAAGAAUUGGCCUAUCUGGAAUUGGGGAUUAAGUUGCCCUGUUUUCGUUUCUUUUCCUCGAUUUAUUUGCGAUGACUUUGCUCAAGUGUUUCAAACUUGA